AUGUCGAACGACGCAGCACGAACCGACGCCUUGUCCAAGAUGCAGGACGAUGAUGAGCCGGAUGACUGGGACAAGCGGAUAUUCAGCACGGGAUGCGCAGACGAAAACAUGAAAUUGACCGAUUGCUACUACGAGAAGAAAGAUUGGCGCUUGUGCAAGAAGGAGGUUAGUCCCGAUUGA